AUGGCGACUGCAUACCAGUCUACCCCGCGUUGGGAGCAGGCGGUCCCCAUGGGCCACGAGCACACCGCUACACUCGAUGUCGACGCAUACCAACUAGAACAGAUCAAACGCGAUAGUGGAAGGAGUAUGAGGAAAGGAAGCACUCACUCUCGAGCUUCGAGUCCUCAGAAAGGCCCAGUGUCCCACAUCCGCCGCCCAUCGACAUCUCACAAGCGACCCUCGGCUCCUCUUACGAUACCUCGUGCUGAAUCCGAACCCGCUAUCGACCCCGACCCUGAAAGAUCAGCCUGGAUUCAUCGCGACAAACUUGCCCGGAUUGAAAGUCAGGAAUUGGCCGCUGCCGGUUUUGGUGCGCCUCGAAACCGUCGGCAAAGUCGUUCUGAUAGCCGUUCUGCAAGCCGAUCAGCAAGUCGCAAUCCCACCUCACGCGUCCCAGCGAGCCAGCUUGCCUUCUCUGGUGAAGUCAACACUCCCAAGGUGCCAGGGUUUGAGGAACAGAGUGGAGCAGGCGCAGACCAGGGCCAGGACUCCGACGAGUACGAGGAGAGAUUGCAAGAAGAGCCUCGAGUGGACCGCAACAUGUACAGUCGAAGUCUUCCAAGAUCGACUCUGUCUCGUAUACCUGUUGCAAGAGCGAGUCCUGCACCUGUUGCGCAGAGUGUCGUCGAACGCGAUUCUCCUCUACCUCGAAGCAUGAGUAGUCCUCUUGGAGAUAGUGCAAGCAGCAGGUCUCGCAGCCGAAGCUUGGGAAAUCCUGCCAUGAUUGCCGAGCCUGCAGGCACGCGAUCUGCGAUGCCCUCCAAGCCAAGGCCACGCAGCUCCCACAUACAAGAUUCGCCCAGUGUUACCGAAUCGCCUUCACUGACCACUCGCACGACGCAAUCUAUGAACGCCGUAACGAGGGCCAAAGCAAUGAACAAAGCCGCUGUGGGCGGUUCUGUGGGUAAAAAGACCAUUCCACGCACCACUUCAAAGGCCCGCAACCCAUCACCUAAGGAUAGCCCAGUCAGAAGGCCUACAUCUGGAUCCACCAGGUCUCGGCCGACCUCGUUCCAUAUGCGACCAGAAGGAGAGGCGCCUUGGGUUGCGACCAUGUCCAAGCCUGAUCCCAGGCUGCCACCAGAUCAGCAAAUGCUCCCUACUCAUGCGAAGCGUGCAAUGCAAGGUGGAUCCGACAGUGCAGACGAGGCUGAACAGUCUUACCCUCUCAAUAUCGACUCCUUGAGCGAUGAAGAGUUGGUCAGAAUGGGAGCUCUACCUUCACCCGAGGCAACCAAACGAGCAGAAGCCAAUGCAUCUAAACAGCAAGCCACGAAUACUCUGCCACCACCAUGGCCUCUCGCAAGCAUCAAGAGUGACGCCAGGAGUCAGACCGGAAGUGCUAAGGGUCCAACUGGUGGUUACACCAUCACUCCCAAGAUUGCGCCUCCGAUUGCCCCUCCGAAAUCGCCAAAGCCACCAGUUGUUCAGCCUCAAGUGACCAGCUCGGUGAACGCUGGCGUACAAAGAAUGCCAGACCUCGACGAGAAGGAGGAUGGCAAGAAAAAGAAGAAGCUCGCAUGCUGUAUCGUCAUGUAG